AUGAAAUAAAAACUUUGGGUAGCUAUUCCUAAUGAAUUAAAGUGGAAAAAUGAUAAGCCUCUUUUGAAAUCUGAAUUCUAAAAGUCUAACAAAAAGUUGAGAUAUUUGAUCGGUUAUGAUCAAUAUAUUCUUAUAUCAAAAGUAUGAUAAAAUUAACUUAUUCACAAAGAAACCUGAAGAUCCUCCAUCUAAAUAUCUCAAAUUAGAUUUUGAGACUAAAUUUGAGAUAAUUAGAACAACAGUCUAAAAAAAGGAUGAAGAUGAUGAUUCUUUGGGUACUAUAAUAGGAAUGAUUCUAAUGAGAGAUCAUGGAUAAGAUCAAAUGCCUAGUUAUAAACUAUCAGCAAAUGAAAAAGUCAUAACUUAAUGGAGAGAAUUUUUUUAACCUAGAAUUAAUUAAUGGUAAUUUCAUCAUCUUUUUAGNUAAAACUCAGAUUCCCCCAAUAUCUUUAGAGACUUCUUAUUAAAAAAAUGA